AUGAAAUUAUAUUGUUUAUUUAUCCUUUUCUUAUUUGUUAACAUUCCGAAGAUCUCCGCAUAUCCUGAUAACCGAAUAGACUCAUUGGUGAAUAUUGAAGAAGACUCAUUCGAAUCACCGUCAUCAUUUUUCACGGAAGAAGAUCACUCGAUCGUCAAACGUUCACAACGCAAUGCAAAUUUCCUUUAUCGUUAUUGUCGUCGUGCCGGUGGAGGUCAACGUUUUUGUUUGAAAUAUGCUAUUCAGAUGUUAUAUGCGACUGGACACUGA